AAGAUAGUGAGGAAAAAUUGUUGGUGUUGUCACGCCCUCGCCGGGGAUAGAACCCGGGAUCUUUGGCUUCGCGCAUCACUAACAAUUUCCUUUUUGCUUAUAUUUGAUACAGCUUCUCAUUGUACCAGUGUUACUGUCAAAAUUGUUAUAUUACAAGCAAACGUCUUUAUGUAUCUGUACGACAUGUAAAAAAUUUUUCUGUACUUCGACAUCUGCAGAUAACAACCGUAUACACUUUCUCCGUUCUCGAACCGUUUAAAAAGGAUAAAACCUCUCACACAUGUGGAUGUAAAUCCCAACGCAAGCAUGCAACUUUCCCCACUUUUCCCCAACUAAAAUUCGAAAGUCAAUCUUCUCAUCCAAUUUCCGAAACCGCCGAUUAUUAUUAGUUCUUUACUACAACAGAAACUUUUAUGGUGGCGAAUUUAGAACAAAAAUCAGUGCAAUUUUUCACUCGCUAAGCUUUUCGCAAUAGUUUUAAAUGUUUUUCGACCUUUUGAGACGUUUUAAAACUGUAACAAGUGGAAGAGUGGUUUAAAAUAGCUGUAAAUAAAGCGUUCGUUGUAGUUAAAAAUCAGCCCAUCGUAACUUGAAGCUGUUGCUUGAAGAAGAAAGAAAGUUGCCGUAAAGAUAACUCAGAUCAUGACUAAGGUUGUAGAGGAUAAAAUUAUUGAUAGAGCUGCCAUUAUAGAAAGCCAGCAUGUAAAUAGAGUGGUGGAGGCAUGCAAGGGUCGGACAAUAUUUAUAACAGGAGGAACUGGAUUCAUGGGAAAAGUUCUUGUCGAAAAAUUGUUACGAACUUGUAUAGGCAUUAAAAGAAUUUAUUUAUUGGUUCGAUUGAAAAAAGGGAAACAACCUGAUGAAAGAUUGAGGGAAAUGUUCAAAGGAGUGUUGUUCGAAAAGGUGAAGAAACUAAAUGGUCCCGAUAUAGUAAAGAAAGUUGUAGUAAUACCUGGAGAUGUAUCGCUUCCGAAUCUUGGAAUUUCUUCAGAAAAUCGAAAAAUUUUGGCUGAAGAAGUAGAAUUAGUCUACCACUGUGCAGCUACUAUAAGGUUUGACGAAACCUUGAAAAAGGCAGUACUGCUUAACACCAGGGGCACAAAGUAUAUGCUGGAAUUAGCAAAAGAAAUGAAGGACUUAUUGGUAUUUGUUUAUGUAUCUACGGCUUAUUGUCAUUUAAACGAAAGGGUUUUGUAUGAAAAAUCAUAUCCACCACCGGCUAAUCCUCACUACAUCAUCAAAGCCGUUGAAUGGAUGGACGAAGAAAUAGUUACAUCUAUUACAGACAAGCUACUUGGUAAUUGCCCAAACACGUAUGCCUUUACGAAAGCUUUGGCGGAGAGCCUUGUUGAUGAACAAAUGGAUAAACUGCCUGUUAUAAUUGUGAGGCCUUCAAUAGUAAUACCAAUUUGGAAGGAACCAGUUCCUGGAUGGACCGACAACAUAAAUGGUCCUACAGGAUUACUGAUAGGAGCCGGAAAAGGCAUUAUAAGAAGUAUGUACUGCAAUAGUAAAGGGUAUGCAGACUACUUGCCAGUAGAUGUUGCUGUAAAUGGCAUUAUUAUUACGUCUUGGGAUUAUAUUGGUUUCAAGAAAAGGAGAUAUUAUAAUCUAACGAGUUCAGGAGAAAUAAAAGUUUCUUGGCAACAAGUAAUCGAAUUAGGUAGAAGAAUAGUAGAGACUAAAAUGCCACUUAAUGGAGUUGUCUGGUACCCCGGAGGGUCGAUGAAAAAAUCGAAGAUAAUGCAUCUAAUAUGUGUGGCUUUAUUCCAUUAUUUACCGGCAGCUGUCAUAGACUUUUUUAUUUGUUUAAGUGGAAACAAACCAGUAUUGUGGAGGAUUCAAAAAAGGAUAAGCAAAGGUUUCGAGGUUUUCGAAUAUUAUGCGAACAACCAAUGGGACUUUAACAAUGACGAUUCAUUGAAAGCCAGACAUCUUAUGAACGAAAAGGAAAAAGAAGAUUUCAAGGUUGACGGAAAAGGUUUAGAUCUGGACGAAUAUUUUACUCAUUGCGUUCAUGCUACAAGACUGUAUAUUUUAAAUGAACCUGAUGACACGUUGCCAUCUGCAAGAAGGCACAUGUUGAUGAUGUGGGGUUUGGACAGACUUUGCAAAUUCAUUCUCCUUUUGGGAUUAGGAUACGUUACCUUUUAUUUCAUCAUAGCCCCUCUCUUAGGAAUUACUUUAUAAUAAAUACUUAAAUUACCCUAACGUUACGUUAGUUAUAUAGUAACAUAAACAUAGCAUACAGUUGCUUUUAUAAAAAUACCUUAAAUAAAUAGUGUCUAAUACUAAUAAC